AUGGCUGGAUCCAACAACGACAGCGGCGGGGGAGACGACAUAGCGGCAGCAGUGGCUCGAGAGCUGAACGAUCUACGUCUUGUGUUCGCUAACAUUGCCGGGUACAAAAAGUUUGUGGGACUUCGGAGCGUCCUCAAGCUUAAAGAGGUCAAGGCGCAGAUCGCGGAGGGCGAUGUCUACGUGGAGGAUCUGGAGAGCGCCUGGCUUGAAGCGUGCGCUGUGAAGGGGGUCUCGUCUGUGGACCCCGAGGACGGCAAGGGAGGCACGCACCACGUCCACCAGCGGUCAUCGUGGGGGGUGUGCACGGAGCUAUCCUUCGAAGGCUUCGUGCACUUUCUUAGGCUGUGCGAGGAGAAGGCUUCGCUCUCAACCGACCUGGCGACGGCGACUGAGGCUUCUCCCAAAGACCCUGCGACCGGGCGCGACCUCGUGGCGGCGAGGCACCGCAUGGUCGGCCUGCUGCGCGCCACCCUCACGGUCCACCAACGGGGGGGGGGCGGAGAAGAAGAGGAGAUCGAGCAUCCCGCUGACCUGAACGCUCCGCUCGGAGAGACGCUGCACUCGUCGAUGGUGCGCGCCGCCGUUGAGGAAGGUUUGGCGCACCACAACCCGGACGUGCUGCACGAGCUGAUGAGGACUGGGGUGUACAAGGAGUCGGAGGAGGGAGUGCAGCUGGAUCGGGAUGAGAAAAAGGCCUCCCUGCGGCACGGCCUCCUAGACAGGAAGUUCUCCCACCACGACCUCGUCCGCUCGGGCAUCAUCCUCAAGGAGCAGACGCCGGGACAGCUCGCCGGCGAGAGGGCUCUAGCCGCCAGCCGCGUGUCACGGCACUUGCAACAGCGCAGCGCCGGGCAGUGCCGGGGAUUUUCUCCUUGCCGGGGGCAGAAACGGGGUUUCUACUGCUGCGGCGAAAAAACAAAGGGCCAACAUCGCCGCCACCCCUCCCUGGAUGAGCUUAAGGCCCGGGGCAUCUAUCGCACCCCCGAGCAGCUGGUGGAAGACGAGAAGCAGCACAGGCUGGCGCGGGCCUUCCUCGAGCAGGGGCUUGGCCACAGGGCCAAUAUUUCCGACCUGAAGGAGAGAGGGAUCUACCUCAGCCAGGAAGACCGGGCCAAGCAGAGCCUCCAGAGGGCCAUGCUGGGCGAUGUGAUAAGCAAGUCGUUCAGAGAACGCCCCUACAGAGAGGACCUGAUGGACCGCGGGGUGCUGGAGGCGUCUCAGCUGAAGAGCGCCUUCGAGACUCUCGAGAAGGAGCAAGGCGGGCCGAUCAAGACGGUCGACGACGUGCUGAAGUGGCCGCUCGUCGCCACCGCGGUCAAGGAAGGAGUGCGAAAGGUAAGAAUGUCGGUCGUUAAGGACGCCUUUGCGAUGGCCAUGAAGACCCCCGAUGGCGACGGCGACGGCGGCGGCGGCGGUGGUGGUGAAAGGCAGCAGAUGAGCUACGAGGAGUUCGAUAAGUUCCUGUCCUCGGCGGAGACCACACAGGUGGAGGAGGAGCCUUGCUCCCUCAAGCUUUGGGCGCUCAUGCGGAUGCGGCCAGAGUUGGAGGACCAGGAGCACCACGAGGGGAACCGCAGGAGAAACGCUUUGAUUGCCCGCGGGCUGGAGGAGGAGCUUGGCAAGAGGGAGCCCCUCGAACGCCUGGCCAACAAGGGUAUCUACCUGGAGAAGACCCCAACAGAGGGGGCCGUCGAGCGCGCCCACCUGACACACACGCUAGCACACGGCCUCGCCCACAGGCCGGCGCUUGCAGAGCUCUCGCACAAGGGGGUCUAUCUCGAUGGGGUCGCGCCAGAUGAGCUCGAGAAGGCCCACCGCGAUGCCCGCAACUACCUGGAAGGGACCCUCUCUCUGCGGCCGACGAUUGACACGCUCCAAGACAAGGGAUACCUCGAGGCGGACGAGCUCGAAGAGGCAUUCACGGAACUGGUUCUCGAGUACAAGCACGACGCCACCGCUACCGCUAGCAGGGAGAACGACUGCGGCUCCGGCUCCAGGCUGCUGCUGCCGGGCAGCCGCCUGGCCGACUGGGCGCCCGUCCGAAAGAUGCUGCGGUCCGGCACGGCCAUGGAAGAAGACGUCGCCGCUGCCACGGCUAAGGCGCAGAAAGCUUCGUUUCACCGCCGCGGCCAACAUCACCAGGCCGCCGGCGGCGGGGGGCAAGACGGCAAGGACGCUGCAAUGAUUGAUUUCGUGGGGUUCCUGGAGUUCAUUCACACCCUGGACAUCGCGGUGGACGGUCUGGGUGCUGAUGCUUCGGCGGGGAAGACCGACGACCACGACGACAACGACCCGGAGGCGGCGGCGAACCACGCCCGCCGCCUGGAGAUGAGGCGGAAACGUGCCACCGACGCCGCUGAAGAGGACAGCUACGGGACCUUGAAGGAGCAUCUUCUCGCGCACUUACGGGCGAGGCCUAAAAAGGACGACCCGGAGACGCAGAGAAUCGCCAAGGAGUUCCACAGCACCGAGGCCGUCGACCUGGAGAAAAGCCUCCUCAAGAAUCGCUUGGAGGGCCACCUGCGAUCCCGCGCCGCCGAGUCGGCAGCGGCAACGUCCGGGAGUUCCAAGGGCGGGGAGCGGACGGCAAGGAUCAAGGAGCUAGAGCUCGCCAUGAACCAGCGCAUGAUGAAGCACAGCCUCGCGGCCAGCGGCGGGGAUGAACGCAGCGGCGGCGCCGGCGUUGGGUCAGCGCCGUCGACGGCAGAGGAAGGCCUGGAUAUGGAGGUGGCGAGAGAGGCCCUCGGGGGAAGCCUGGGCCGACGGUCCAGCUUGGAAGAGCUCACGAACCAGGGAAUAUUCCAGAGGACGACACCGCUGCAGCAUGGCCUGGAGCGACAGUUGAUCGAGAAACGCCUUUCAAGAUCUCUGCGAAAUCCCCUGCGGCCCUCCAAGAAAGACCUGGUUGAACACGGUAUCUACAUCGACGCCACCCCCAGGGAGUUGCAGAUGGAGCACUACCUGGCUACUCGAAACCUCAAGCACGGCCUCGAGCGGCGGGAGUCGAUCCAAGACCUGAAGGACCACGGUGUUUAUCAGCCCGAGAACAGUCUGCGCGCGGCCCACGAGAAGCUGCUGAUCAAGGCGCUCCUCCAGCGUAAGCUGUCGCACGCAUUUUCGAGGGAGGAGAUGGACCGCCUGAAGCAGAAGGGCGUGUACAAGGAGGCCGAGCACGAAAAGCUAGAGGCGGAACGCCUCCUGGUCACACGCCAGCUUGCCCGGCUCGUCAGCAAGCGCCCGGACCCCGCGCAGCUGGAACAGGAGCACCCGGAGCUGAUGAAGGCCGGGACCCUGGCCCUAGUCUUCGAGGAGAGGGUCAUGCCCCGUGCGGCUGCCGGUAGCGGUGCUGGUGCUGGUGCUGCGACGGCCGCGGAAGCUGGUGAAAAGGAGGGGGAGGUUGUCGCUGAGAGCGGGGGCGGACCGGAACACCUGGUGUCGUUCGACGGGCUGUUGACCUGGCCGGACGUUCAGGAUCAUCUUGUCGGAGAGGGCGGAGAGGACACCAAGCACGAGAUGGCCCGGCACUUCGAUCUGUGCGACUCGGACGGCGACGGUUACAUUACCUUUAGCCAGUUCCUCCGCUGGGUAGAGCUGUGCGACCUCGACCCCGACGACCACCUGCAGGUGACAGACUCGAACCUGGAUGCCGAGUACGCGCGGUUGGAAGGCGCCAGCGGAAAGUGGGGGGUUACCCUUGACCAAGCGCUGUCAUACCCACUCGUCAAGCGGUGGGUCGCCUCGGCAUCUCUCGAUCGUGACGCCCUUAACGCCAUGUGGGGGAUGGGGGCUGGCGAGGGGGGCUCCGCCGAGGGGAACACGAAGCAGUUGGACGGUUUCAAGUCUUUCUGCAGGCAUUGCGAGGCGAGGUCAUCCGCUGCCCACCAGAUGCGCCACAAGGAGCUCUUGGCCGACGCUGCAAAGAAGGAAGCCAAGGCCAAGGAAGACCUCCGCGCCACAAUGGCCGCCAAGUUGAGCGCCCGGCCUGACCUUGACAAGCUCAAGGAGAGCAGGAUCUACCGGUCGGGCGGCCUUGACCCCGCCAUGGUCCACUUGGAGCGCAAUCUUAUCGCCAUCAGCCUGAAGGAGCAGCUGCUGGCGAGACCGGCGAUCGAGGACCUUGAGAAGCGGGGCAUUAAGCCCAAGGACGGAACCAAGGUCAGGCUCGACCACAACAGCUCCAAGCUUCGUGAGGCCCUGGAUUCGACCAUGCGGCACGACGACGCAAUUUGGAGGUCACAUCCGUCUGAGCUUGCUGCCGGGUCGCGACAGGAGGUGGCGGCUCUUCUGGAGAAGAGCCUCUCGAAGCGUCUCGAAAAGACGGUGCUCACGAACAAGGGGAUCUACAUCGACGACACGGACGCGAGCUAUGCUCUCCUGGUGCACCAGGUACUGCGAGCCCACAGAGGGUUCACUCUUUCAUCGGCCCAGCUCAUUGCCAGCCUCUGAAACGAUGCGCCUUGCUGUUGGAGAAUAAGAUUGAACAAUAAGCGCUCGGACACGACGACUCACUACAACUGGUGGGCGGGCGGCACCGGGCCUCUGGGUUAGUUUGUGGGGGCGAGACGAGACUACCGGAAACGAUGGACGGACGUGCUUCCAUACGAGAAGAGACUUGUCUCUACAUAUGCGUAUCUAGAAAUAGAACUGUCGUUCGCUGGUAGAUUGUUCCAUAUCUGUUUCUGGUUGUUGGGAGGGGGGGGGGAUUCUUCUGUUCCUUGUUUCGUGGGACGCAGUUUGAUUCUACCAUGGCCGUUGCUAUCGGCCGUUUUCUGGUAGAUUGCACCAUAUUUGUUCUUCUUGUGUUGGUGGGGGGCAUAGGGAUUGGCUCACCGUGAGCAGUUCGUUGUUUCGUGGGACACACUUCGAUACUACUGUAUCACGGCCGUUGUUACCCUACUUAGAGAAGUACCGGAUACGACGACGCCUUGCGUGUACCCCGCAAAAAUGCAUUUCACCCUAACGGGGCGUGGGCAGAGGUGACGCGUGCCAAGAGUGAGGGUGUGGGCGUCCUCCAAAUACUCCGGACU